CGCCGCAGUCCGGUCUCCAGCAGCAUCCAAGCGGGGCUGACAUUCCCUGUCGCUCGUGUCGCGCGUUACCUGAAGAAAGGCAGGUACGCUGACCGGCUCAGCGCCCUAGCGGCCGUGUAUCUAGCCGCCGUGCUCGAGUACCUCGCGGCGGAGGUUCUGGAGCUGGCGGGCGACGCAGCGCGCGACUGCAAGCGGGUCCGCAUCAUCCCGCGCCACAUCCUGCUGGCCGUGAAAAACGACGAGGACCUGGACCUCGUCUUCCAGCAAGUUAUCCUGCCGGAGGCCGGCGUGCUGCCUUGGAUUGCAAACGAGUUGCUUCAGACCCGGAAGGGCAAGGGGAAGGGCAAGGGCAAAGGGGGGCCGGAGGCGGCCGCGUCGACAAAGGCG